CAGUCAUUCACACCACAAAUAUAUCCACGUUAUCCAUUCAACUGUAGAAACAACUAACCAUUUCAAAUUUUCAGGCUUUCUUGUCCGUAUAAUUCAGAGCUUCGAGCUCAGUCACAAACUUUACUUACGAAGUUUGCAUCUUUUCUCUAGUUUGAGCUGUGAAAGAAGCAACCAUGGAAUCUUUGAAAGCGCCGUCUGUUCCUUCAGUUUACAUCCGAACUACGCUUAGCAAAACCCAAUUCAGAAAACCCAUGUUCUUGAAUUUUCAUUUCAAUCCAACUCCCACUUCUUCUUUCUCAUUAGUUGACAAAAACCAAUCCAGGUUCAAGCUGUUUACCGCCAUAUCAUCCACGGUUUCGACAGAACCCGCAAACCCACCUGAGCCAGAGCUUGAAACCCGCAGACAAGGUGAGAAAUUUGAUUGGUAUGCACAGUGGUAUCCGGUUAUGCCGGUCUGUGAUCUGGACAAGAGGGUGCCUCAUGCGAAAAAAGUGAUGGGUCUUGAUGUGGUUGUGUGGUGGGAUAGAAAUGAGAGUGUUUGGAAAGUGUUUGAUGAUACCUGUCCUCAUAGGUUGGCUCCACUGUCUGAAGGAAGGAUUGAUCAGUGGGGCAGGUUGCAGUGCGUGUACCAUGGUUGGUGCUUUAAUGGUUCUGGUGAUUGCAAAUUCAUCCCUCAAGCACCUCCUGAUGGCCCUCCGGUGAACACAUUCAAGAAAGCAUGUGUUGCUGCUUAUCCAAGUACAGUGCAGCACGACAUUGUUUGGUUUUGGCCAAACACUGAUCCUCAGUACAAAGAUAUUCUUGUGGAGAGAAAACCGCCUUACAUCCCACAACUAGAUGAUCCUUCCUAUACUAAAUUAAUGGGAAAUAGAGAUAUUCCUUACGGUUAUGAGGUAUUGAUUGAAAAUCUUAUGGACCCUGCUCAUGUUCCAUAUGCACAUCAUGGAAUUAUGAGAACUCCACGACCCAAAAACAGUGUGAAGGCUGAUAGAGAGGGGGGAAGACCGCUUGAAUUGAUGAUUGAGAGUUUAGACAUCAAUGGCUUCAAGGCAAAUCAGGAGUGGAGCUUAAGCAAAUUUAUUCCCCCGUGUGUGUUUUAUGCUUAUACUAAACCUGUGGUUGAUCAAGCUAAUGGAUCUGCAUCAUCAAGUGGAACUGAGAAGAAAACAUCAGUGCAGCGGAAAUUUGCUUUGAUUUUUAUUUGUAUUCCAGUUAGUCCAGGUAGUAGCAGACUGAUAUGGAGCUUCCCAAGAAACUUCGGUCAUUGGAUUGAUAAAGUUGUGCCACGAUGGAUAUUUCAUGUGGGGCAAAACCUGAUUUUAGAUUCUGAUUUAUAUCUUCUUCACGUUGAGGAGCGUAAGAUAAUGGAUGCCGGUCCUACCAACUGGCAGAAAGCUUGUUUUGUACCAACAAAGUCAGAUGCUCUUGUGGUUGGAUUUAGAAAAUGGUUAAACAAGUAUGCUGGUGGUCAAGUUGAUUGGAGAGGCAAGUAUAGUGGAGCUCUUCCUCAAACUCCUCCUAAAGAACAGCUAAUGGACAGGUACAGGUCCCAUGUGGAGAACUGCCGCAGUUGCAGCGUUGCAUAUAAAGGCCUCAAUGUGCUUGAAGUUGUCCUCAAAGUUGCCUGUAUUGCUUUAAUUGGGAUUGUUGCUGCAGCCAAACAGGGUGCGAUGUCAGCAGCUGCGAGAACGACAUUGGCUUCAAUGGCGGUGAUAUGCUAUGCAUCAUCAAUAUGGUUGGCCCACUUCAUCUACAAAAACUUCCAUUUCCAUGACUACAAUCAUGCUUUUCGCUGAGGAUAGUCUCUCAAUUAUACUGUUUGGCCUUAAAAAAAAACCCAUAUUCGGUUGUGUAAAAAUAUUAUAUAUAUUAUAUGUAAAGAUUAAUGAAAAGCAAGAUAUGUAUAUAUA